CUGUAGUUGAGACAAUGGUCCCCAGAUAAGUGAAUGAGCAUUAGUUGAUUUCUUUUCGUUUAAAAGACAAGCUUUCACCGUUAAGUUUAACUUGGUCGGAUUGAAGAAAAUGACUGACGUUGAAAUUUAUCAGGGUUUAAUAGUAUAUUCACCUGAAAAACCUGUUGAUGAAAAGUUGUAAAAUACGAUGGGGACAACUGUUUUAAUUUAAAUAGUUGUUUUCUAAUUGUUACAAAACUAUUUUAUUGGUUUGUAUUUCAUGUGGCUCAUCGCUUUAAGCAGUUGACUUCCAGUCAGUGGAUCAUGUAUCCAAAGUCCACUCUAUCUACUUCAGCCAGAAGCAGCAAUCACCAUCAGUGGGAGAUAUGUAAUGGAAGUCACCACCACUGUCAUUUAUUCGCCUAGGCAGCAGCAUUUCAAACUACAGUCAGGAGGUACGGAUGAGGAUAUCAAAGCAAGUUAGGAUUGGAAUAGUAAGACCAUACCUUUAUUACUCUAAAAUGAGUGUAGAGAUCGACUUCACUCAGCACAAGAGACAGGAUGCAAAGUUUCAACACUAAUGUCAAAGUAGUGAUUUAGAGACUUACUGGGCACAUACAUAGCCGAAAGCAUUUCCAACAGCCACUUUCUGUCGAUACUAAAGAUCAGAUGUCCAGAAAGGAUUAGCAGAAGAAAACUCCAGCGACGAACCUAUUGCCUAAUGAAACCGGCACACAGCAUCUACAGCAGACACAAACCCAACAAUUAACGUUCCCGUGGAUUAUAUAAAUAAUUUGUAGCAGAGGACUUAAACUUUAUAUCCAAGUAAUCCUUUUUAUUGAUAUAACUCGUUACUGUAUUUUUUUGGUAAUAUAUUGUUAUUUAACGUUUCAUUGACUUGGAUUAUUAUUCUCAUAUUUGUGAUGUUAAUGAACUCUCGUAACAGUCCCCUACACACCGUGUAUAAAGGGAAGUCUUCUAAUUCCUUGCCUGCUGAAGCUGGUGUCCCUCAAGGCGCUGUCCUUUCUCCUUUUCUUUUUUCUUCCUUCUUGCAUGACUUGCCUCACUCUGAUGAAAUAACCUUUGUGAAGUAUGCUGAUGACUUAACAGUUUCAAUGGCUGUUAACUCCGAGCUAGAUUGUACCAAAAUAAAUAGCUUUCUGUCGGGAGUCAGUAAAUGGUCUGAGUCUAGCGGUCUUAAACUGAAUCCUUCUAAAUGUCAAACUCUUAAUUUCAGCCUAAGAUGUGAAAGACAGUUAAAAGAAGUCAUCGACUCUCAUGACAGUUGUAAGAUUGACGACAAUGAUAUAGGAAUCCAAUCAGAAAUUAAAUAUCUUGGACUUAUUCUCUCUUCUGAUCUCUGCUGGUCUUCCCAUGUCUUAGCGAUCGCCAGUAAAAUAUUCUGCCUGAUAUUUUACAUUAAGAAGUUAAGGCACUUGGGUUUAACUCAACCCCUCCUCCUACAGUUCAUAAACUCUUGCAUCCUAUCUAUUCUUCUUCAUUGUUCACCCUUAUUCUUUCCCGGUCUGCAUAAAAAGGACUAUGUCACAAUUCGUAGAAUGCUGAAGACGGUCAGUAGGGUGAGUGGUGUCCCAGUGGACCACAUAGCUAAUGUUGUUAUCGAUAGGCAAUUGACUUUGUGCAAUAAAUUUACUAGAGGGAUUUUGUCUGACUCGGAGCAUCCACUUUACCCUCAGCUUUCACCUUGCAUCUCCUCAGGUAGAACAAGAAGUAACUUCAGAAAACUGUAUGCUCGCACGCCAUACUUGGCACAUAUUUUUUGUGAUGAAAAUAGUGUCAGGGAAGAGUUAACUAACCUUUUUCAUCUAGUAAAUAAACAAUUUCCUCCAUCCAUCCUUAUAUAACUUGAAGUUUUACUUUUAUUAUUUCUAUUAUAUUUAUGGUCCUGCUACUUCUUUGUUUUACUGUAAUAAUUGCAAGCACCUACUUAUCUCCAUGACUGCUGUAAUCUUUGUUUUUCCCCUCACCAUAUCAUGUAAAGAGAAGAUUAUAUUCAACAUUUCUAAACACGUCAGGAUUUCUAUACCACAUUGCCAAUACUGUGUGAAAGAAGCCCACGGUAAUUUUCACUUGUAUUACUAUUAUUACCCUAGCUAUUAUCAUUAUUAUUUCCAUUUUAUAUGCUGCAUGUUUCUGACACUACGUCUAUUGUAAAUGUGGAAAAUUUUCUGUGUGAUUAAUUUUAUUUAUAAUUUGAGGAAAUUAGAUGCAAUAUUGUGAUUAAUGCUGAAAAUUCCAUUCUGUAUCACAAGUACUGUUUUUGGAAUAAACCUGUUCUGGUCGGAGUUUUUCAUCCAGGGCGUGUUUGAU